AUGGAUGAGAAAACAAGACUUCAACAAAAACCUCUGAUUUCCCGUCUUGAACAUGGACCAAAAGAUACCAAAAUACCCCAUAUGGAGAAAGGAAAAUUUGUCAAACCUGAACAAACUUCUAGUUCUGAAGAAAAUGAGAACCUACCAGAAUUUCCUGGUAACUUUGCUUCUGAUCUUCGCACAGCGGUUUACAGGCCAGACACUACAAGAAAGCACAAAAUAAAAAUAGAAGAAAAAAUGGAUUUUGAAUACAUUUUCUCAAGAAUACGUAAGGACAGAAUUGUUGACCGACAUGCUGAAAUGAUACAAUGGCCUCAGCCCAGGAGUUUGGAAGAUUUUAAUUUGAAAAAAAUAAGCACAGAAAAACUCCCUAUAAUUUCUUCUCGUGAAAAAUCUGAUUAUAUUAUUAGUGAUGUUUCUGUUGAAAAUGAAGGAAAGUUGUCCAUACCAUAUGAUAAUGCAAUAUAUGAUGAUAAUAAAAAGACAGAGAGUCAAGCUAUUUCAGCACAGCUAAGUUGCCAUACAAGGACUUGCAUGAAAUUUCAAUUUGGUGGUGAACACAAACCUUUCAGGGUGAGAAAGUCUCCUUCAUAUGAUAAAACUGGUCCCAUUAAUGAUGAUGCCAUCUUGCAUAUUUUGAGACUCAGAGAUAAACUUAGCUGGCAGACAUUAUUACCACCUUGUGAAUUUGUUAAAUCGAAAGAUGUGGCUAAAUUUCGGAAGAUCCCAUUACUGGAUGAUGCAUUAAACAAAGAUGAUGGAGAAUACAUAUACUGUCUUAUAAGAAGUAGGGAUGACCCCAAAGCAGCCUACAAUCCAUAUGAUCUUCAAGUAGUCUCUGCAAAUAUGGCUAGACCAAGUAAAGAAUAUUGGACUAUUAGUGCCUCAUAUGUAUCCAAGGUAACAAAUCUGUGUGGAAAACAAGAAAUGGAAAUAACUCCAGUAAUGGAAUGGUUAUAUGAAAGACAACUUUAUAAUGUGUUACAUAACAUGGAUUUAUAUUUUAAUUUCAGAAUGAUAUUGUAUAAGCAACUAUUUUUUGCUGAUGAGAUAUUGCAAAGUUGCUUACUUUAUCUCCAAACCUUGUGUGUAGAUGUGAGUAAUCCAGAGAAACCCAGAUCAUCUGAACAAACAACUAUAAAUUUCAUAAAGAUAAAUACAUCCUAUACAUACACAUUACAUAAAUUUUGUGAGGAACAAUAUCAACAGAGUCAACAUGCUUUAUCUCAACUCCAAGCUUUUAAAGAUAAUGUAAUCAAAGUAAUUCAGACCUGCUUUUUAAAGGUAGCAAAAAUGAAGGGAGCAGAAAAACUUUUUCAGCAUUCACUGCAUGAUUUCAAAGAGAAACCAAAAUACUUUGAGAUAGCUGAAUGGCGGCACAUUAUGGAACGCUUUUCUAAGUUUCUUAAGCUUAUAGAUAGAAUCUUUCAAGAAUUUCUUCGCAGAUUGGUAAACAAUGCCGUAACUACUCUUUUGGAGAUAUUUAAAGGUUCCAGUAGUAUGACCAUUUCAAAAAAGAAGACAAAUGAAAGCCUUAUGAGAGCAUAUAAAAAUACAAUUGAGAAAGCAUUUUACUUAUUGACUGAAAAUAGAUGCCAGUGGGUCUAUGAAAAUGAGCAUUUUGAAGGCACACAGAAAUUAUUGCACCGUUCAAAGGAAUCAGAAGCACGUGAAAUUGUUACUGUCAGUGAUAUAGACAAGGAGGAUCGUAGAAAAUAUUACCAAAAUCAUGAUGAUCAUAUUAUAGAAUCUUCAGCAGAAUCUUUGAAAGAAACAUUAGACUUUGAUGAAGUUUUGAAAAUCUCAUUUGAAGAUCAUAGCAAACAUGAAGAAAAAUCAGAAAAUACUACAGGAGAUUUGGGUACCUUCAGGAAUGAAGAAAAAAUAAAGCCAUUGAGAAAAGAGCCAAUUUCUGAUUCAAAUAAACAAUCAAUCACCUAUGAGAGAUCUCUACAGUUCUCUACAGAUGUAUCACUGAUUCCUAACAGAAAAACAUUUUCAAUACAAUUACAAGGGAUUGUAGAUGGAUUAGAAAAUAUCAUUGAUCAAGUUACACCAUUUUCUCAGGAUUCUCGGCUUUCAAUCUUCAUUGAUCAGUCUUUACAUAAAAUAAUGCAGCAAUGUGAAGAUUACACAGAUUUUGAACCAAGACAUUAUCAAUCAACAUGGCCAAACUGUGAUCUCAUUCUUGGGACAGAUCCAGAUUACCAAAACAAUAUUCUGGACCUUCUUUCUCUUCAGAGUUCUUCACUGGCCCGAGUAGAAUCUUACAGCAGAAACUUUAUGGAAUAUUGCAGUAUGGUAGAUAAAGCAAAAUAUACAAAAGACAAAAUAACAGCAUUGGAAAGAGAGAUGACUACAAAGGAGUUUAGAAAUAUUCUAGAAAAUUAUACAGCUGAUGUAAAGGAGAUUGUAUGUAUGCUUAUUGAGAAACGUAUCUCUCUGUUUAGAGUCAACAGUUUGAACUUUCAGACUGACUGCCUGCCAUAUUUUGAGGGUCUGCUUGACAUUAUUCAUACUUGUUUUUAUUUAGCAAUUGAUAAAAAGAAUGUACAUCUUGUUGAAGUCACCCAAUCAGCGGUAGCAAAAUUGAACAAAGAACUAGUAACAGUGGAUGGAUUUGUUGAACAUUUGCUAUAUCUUCAGGAAAUUUCCUCAAAACUACCAAACAUAAAGAUUGAAUAUAAGUAUCUUUCUGAGCUCCACUUCAUUGCAAGUGAUUAUAACAUCUUUCUCCCACUUAAGCAGCUUGCUCUUUAUCAAACUGUUGUGAGAACCCUCCAGAAUCUUCAAUCAACUAUCCUUAUCUGUGAAAAAAUGAAGGAUGAUUAUGUUAUAAAAUUUAAUGAAAGCUUAGGAGAAUUUAUGGAUAAUUUACAGGUUGAAAUGAAAGAAUAUAAAAACAAGGUGAGAAAUCCUGUCCUUCUCCUUAGUGAAACCUUGCCUAAGACAGCUAAAGAGAUGAUUGAAAAUCUUAUUGAAGAAGCAGGAAUUAUCAGUGAGAAAAUUUUAAAUUAUGCAAAUUACCAGCAUGUGCUUGAUGGUGCCAUUGGUGACAUGAAAUCAUUGUCUGUAGAAAAGCUGUCUCACAGAAGUCAGGCUGGAGAUUCUCAGAGAGUGAAUGCUGAACUCUCAGAAAUUGAAAGUGAACUGCAGUUACGUAAAUUGUUAUGGGACUCGCAUGAAGAUUGGGCAAAACUUAUCUUUAAAUGGAAACACACAAUCUUUUGGAAUCUUGAUGUAGAUAUAAUUCAAAGUGAGGUUAACAGAUUCAUGCAGAGAAUUCAUAUUCUUGAAAAAGGCUUGCCAGAAAAUACUAUUUUACCCAUUAUGAAGAAAUCAUUAUUGGAUUUUAAGGAAUCAUUGCCUAUAAUCAUAUCUUUAAGGAAUCCUAGUCUUCAACGAAGGCAUUGGGAAAUAAUACAGAAUAUUGUUGGAGAGUCAAUUUCUUGGGAUAAAAGACUUACUCUGGAGAAGAUCCUGGAACUCAGUAUGUUUCAGUAUAGAAAAGAUAUUAAUGAAAUAUCCAUAAGAGCUUCCAAAGAAACAACUCUUGAAGUAAUGUUGAAAAAAAUCAUUAGCCUUUGGCAGAAAACUGAUUUCCACUUAUGUCCCUAUUACACUGAAACAUCUAGUAUUUGUAUUAUUUCAUCUGUGGAAGAUGUAACUACUCUGUUAGAAGAGUCUCUGAUGACAAUUUCAACCAUUAAAAGUUCUUGUUUUGUUGAACCAAUUAAGAAUCUUGUUCGUGCUUGGGAUCAUAAGUUAAACCUCAUUUCCUGUACUCUGGAGGAAUGGUUAACUUGUCAGAGACACUGGAUUUACCUUGAGCCAAUCUUUCAGGCUUCAGAAAUAAAAAGACAACUUCCAGGAGAAGCCAGUCUCUUCUCUGUAGUUGAUAACAAAUGGAAAGAAAUCAUGAAAUUUGCAGCAGAGACUCCAAAUGUUCUUAAGGCAACUACAACAAGUGGAAUUUUUGAAAUACUGCAAAGCAACAAUGCAUCACUAGAAAAAAUACAGAAGGCUCUUGAGGAGUAUCUUGAAGUUAAACGUAUGAUUUUCCCAAGAUUUUAUUUUCUCAGCAACGCAGAACUCCUUGAAAUAGUAGCUGAAAGUAAAAGUCCUGAUGUUGUACAGCCUCAUCUUAUGAAAUGUUUUUCAAAUGUGAGGAAGAUAUAUAUACGGCCGCAACAUCAGACACCACCAGUGGUUUUAAUGAUUAGAUCUGCUGAAGGAGAGAUUCUUCUAGUACCAAAGGGUGUUCGUAUUAGAGGUUCUGUUGAACAAUGGCUUAAAAAUGUUGAGAGUACCAUGUGCAAUAUGGUAAGAAAGUUUAUAGAAGUUGGAAUUACAGAGUGGAAGCAAAUGGAAUUUAAAGAAUGGUUUUUUACCCACCCAGGACAGGUGAUAUUGAUUGUGAGUCACAUAAAGUUUUCUCAAGAAUGUGAAGCAGCUAUGUUGAGUUCUAAUUCAAAAAAGGAGAUGAUGGAAGACCUGGAUGAUCUGAUCAACGUUCUAGAGCAACUUACAGAGAUAGCAUCAGAUAUUCUUCCCUACCAUAAGCAAAGCACAUUAGAAGCUUUGAUUUCUUUGUCCAUCCAUAACAGAGAUAUACUAUCUUUAUUGAUAGAUCAAGAGAUUGGCAUUAAAGAUUUUGAAUGGACAAGGCAAUUGCGUUACAAAUGGCAUGAAUCCAACCUGUGCACAGUUAUUCAAGGUUAUGCUUCCUUUGAAUAUGGUUAUGAAUAUUUAGGCUGCUCUCCACGAUUGGUUAUCACCCCUCUUACUGAUCAGUGUUGGUUAACCAUUACUGGAGCACUACAAUUAAAUCUAGGAUGCUGUCUUGCUGGCCCAGCUGGUACAGGAAAAACAGAGACAGUUAAAGAUCUGUCAAAAGCUUUGGGAAAAUUCUGUCUUACGUACAAUUGUUCUGGAGAUUUGGAUGAUAAGAUAAUGGGAACAUUGUUCUUUGGGCUUGUUCAGUCUGGAGCAUGGUGUUGUUUUGAUGAAUUCAAUCGGAUUGAUAUAGAAGUCCUCUCUGCAAUUGCUUCACAUCUUCAGGCAAUUAAGGCAGCUAAAGAUAGCCUCAGUGUCAGAUUUAUACUGGAAGGAAAAGAAAUUCGUCUGAAACCACACUGUGCAAUUUUUAUUACCAUGAAUCCUGGAUACAAAGGUCGCGUGGAACUUCCAGACAACUUAAAAUCAUUAUUUCGUCCUAUGUCAAUGGUGAUACCUGAUUAUGAACUCAUUGCUGAAAUAAUGUUGUUUUCAGAAGGUUUCAAAUCAGCAAAAUUACUCUCAGGGAAGAUAAUAAAUCUUUACCAACUUUCUAGCAAAAGAUUAUCACAACAGGAUCAUUAUGAUUUUGGCAUGAGAGCUAUAAAAACUGUAUUAAUAAGAGUUGGUCAAAGGCGUCAGGAUUUGAAACUACAAUACAAUAAAAAACGGUUUUCUGCAAUAGAGGAAACUCUAAUCACAAUUGAAAUACUGAAAGAAGUGAAUUUACCAAAGUUAAUUGCUGAGGAUGUUCCAGUAUUUGAAGAUAUUAUCAGAGAUCUCUUUACAGAAAUGGAAGUUCCAAAAGUAAAUCCUAAGCGAUUAGAGUUUGAGCAUUCUAAUGCUGUAAAAGAAUUCAGAGCUGACCUUGGGAGUGCAAUAUCUCUUGCAGUACAUCAUUUAUCCUUGCAGCCUUGGGAAAAUCAGAAAGAGAAGGUUAUACAACUAUACAAUCAGCUUAUGGCUCGUGUUGGUGUGAUGCUUGUAGGCCCCACAGGUGGAGGAAAAACUACCAUUAGAACAAUUUUAGAAAAAGCCUUGAUAAUCUUUCCAUUAGUUGAUAUGGAAAGUGCUACCAAACUUGAUGUUUUUCAGAGUAAUUCAAAGAGAAGCAAAGUGGAUACUUUUGUUGUAAACCCAAAGUGUGUUACUAUUGAUGAACUCUUUGGACAGACAAAUCCUAGUACAAUGGAAUGGUCAGAUGGAUUAUUAUCAUCAGCAGUUCGAGGAUUUGCCAAACUUGGAAUCAAAAAAUCUAAAAGAAAAGAUCCAAGCCUUGGUAUAAAUUCAGAAAUGCAGGAUUUAUAUACACUGAAUACAGUGAAUGUAGCGGAUGCAGUUGUGCCUGAUGAAAUUAUACAAUCAGCAGAGAACAUUCAGUGUGAAACUGCUGUUGACUGGCAGUGGAUUAUCCUGGAUGGCCCAGUAGAUCCACGUUGGAUAGAAAACUUAAAUUCUGUGCUAGAUGACAGCAGAACAUUAUGUCUUGCUAACAGUGAAAGAAUUUAUCUAUCACCAGCCUUCAGAGUGAUAUUUGAAGUGGACAGUGUGUCUCAAGCCAACCCAGCCACAAUUAGUAGAUGUGCCAUGGUUUAUGUGGAUCCUGCUGAUUUGGGAUGGGAGCCUUAUGUCAAAACAUGGCUGCAAGGCAUUUCUGAAAUAAUACCAGAAAAUAGUAUUGAAUAUCUUCAAAGUUUGUUUCACUCAAGUAUAAAUAUAGGGUUAGCCUUUCUAAAUAAACAUAAGAAAAUGCAAGCAUUUCCUGUAAAUCAGUUGGGGAUAGUAAUGAACAUUUGCAGAAUUAUUGGUUCAUUCAUUCAUGUAAUAAAACUAAGUCAAGGAUCACAAGAGAAUAAGAAAAGACGACAAAGCAGCACAGUGAGUUUUUCAAUGGUAAACCGGAAGGAUUCUUCACAAUUUUUACAUGCAUUCAGUUCAUUUAGUGGAACAGUCCCAUCAAUAAUGAAGAAAAGGGAUGGUCAGAUAUGGUUUUGGGAAAAGGAGCCUAAUAAAAUGCUCAUAUUAUUGGGGAAAAUUUUCAUAUUUGCAUUUACUUGGGCUGUUGGAGGAAUUUUAAAACGAGAGGAAGAACAUGAAGGUGAAACUCUCAUUGAUAUAAACACUAGCCAAGAUGAACUUGCACAUGUAACAAGUGACUUCAAUUACCUUGUUCGUGAUUUAUUUGAAAAAAAACCACCUACUAAUAUUCAGCUGCCAUCUGGAGAUAAAACUGUUUUUGAUUAUUUUGUGGAUUUACAAACAGGAGAAUUUGAACCAUGGGGACAUUUAGUUCCUAGCACGCAAUUCCUUAUCCAGAAAGAGACAUCAGAUCUUUCUGAUUCUGAUAAUAACAUGUUAGAAAAUCAAGAAAAGAAAAUGGAGGCCUCUGCAUUUAUUCCCAAUAUUGAUACAAUUCGUCACAGUUUCCUAGCAAGUCUUCUUUUAUUGUCAAAACAUCCAGUACUGAUUAUAGUGAAGCAAACCAGUGAAGUUCACGAAGCACAGGCGCUACAUGAUUAUAAUGAAGAAUGCCCGUUACUGCUUGUGCCUCCACGUGCUGGACUAAUUGAAGUUUUCAGCUUGAUGAGGAACUACAGUGCAUUGAAAACAGAUCAGUUUCGUGGCUCUUGGAAAACACAUUCUUCAACCAAACUAUUACUUUCAGCUCUCAGCUCAGUAAGAGAGGAUUCUGAUGUAGAAGAACCAUCUUCAGGGCCUAUCAUUUGUAAAUUACAAUUAGGUGCCCAUACAACUGCAGCUCAAACGAAGAGUUUGAUGACACAGAAAUUAAUACUGAAAAGUAAAGAUGUCAUGGGUGCUCCACAAUCUAAACAAGCACUACUGUUUAUUGAUGAUCUGAACAUGCCAAUCGCAGAAGCAUAUGGAUCCAAGCCACCGUUAGAGUUCAUCCGUCAGUUUGUGGAGUUGGGAGGAUUUUAUGAUAUUAAACACCUUGAAUGGAAGCAUGUUCAGGACAUUGCCACAGUUGCAUGCUGUACACCUCUAAAUGUAGGAGGUAAUGAGAUUAGUACUCGUCUUCUGUCCCAUUUUUGCAUUUUAGUUUUGCCUGCAACUUCCUUACAGUCUUUGCAACGUAUUUUCCAGGUACGCCUGGGAACAUACUUUUACAUCAAUAGAUUCUUGGUUGAAGUUCAGAAGUGUACAGAUAAUUUAACGUGUUGCUCUAUUGCUCUGUACUAUAGAAUGCUUCAUAAAAUGCUUCCAACACCUGCUAAAUGCCAUUACAUAUUUAAUCUACGAGAUCUUUUUAAGAUUUCCUGGACAAAGGAGAAGCUGAUGGAGGAGUUUCCUAUAUUUGUAGAUUUUCUAGAUUACACCAUACCUAUAGAUAAGAGAAUAUAUAGAUAUGUCCCUAGCCAGAAGGUUCUUCUUUUGACACUGGAAGAAUAUUAUGUGAGAAUGCAAAAAAAAGAGUCAGAGAUCACCAUGGUAUUUUUCAAAGAAACAAUACAGCAUGUAAUUAGAGCUGCAAGGGUUUUUCGCCAACAAGAUAGUCAUAUGACACUGAUUGGGUGGAAUGGCAAUGGAAAAGCAACCUGUGCAUCCUUAGCCUGUUAUAUAUCUGAAUGCAGUAUCUAUAGAUUAUCUACUUUCUAUAGUUACAGCUUUGCACAUUUUCAAGAGGAUAUUAAAAAAGUCUAUAAACAAGCUGGAGCAGAAGGCAAGAGGACUGUUCUUCUCAUUACAGAUUCAGAUAUAAUUCAAGAAUCAUUUUUGGAAGUCCUAAGUUGUAUUCUGAAAUCAGGACAAGUGCCCAACCUAUUUGAGAAGGAUGAGUUGAAUAACAUUAUGGAAUCACUUACAUCAGUUUCUGAAAUGACUAAGGAUUCCAACAAAAUGGAUGAUAUGUAUUCUUUUUUCUUACAGAGAGUAUGUCAAAACCUUCAUAUAGUUUUGACAGUAAAUCCUGCAGGACUGGUUUUCCGUCAAUAUUUACAGAUAUAUCCUGCCAUUGUGAAUUGCUGUACAGUAGACUGGUAUGAAAAUUGGCCUGAAGAGGCCCUUUGCCAUGUAGCAAAAAGUUAUUUUAGCCAGAAUCAGACAUUUAGAAAUGAGAAUUUAAGAGAUAUUCUUAUCCCUAUGACUGUUAAUAUUCACAAGAAUGCAUCUAUGAUAAUUGAGAAAUACUUGAAGGAAACUAAAAGACACUAUUACAUCACUCCCAAAAGUUACUUGCAAUUUAUAAAUACUUUUUCCAUAAUAUUGAGGACCACAAAAGAGGAAAUGCUGAGUGAAAGAGCUUGCUAUCAUUCUGGUCUGACAAAAAUCUUGGAUGGAACUUCACAGAUUGCAGAUAUGCAAGAUGAAUUGCUUGUCCUUGGACCUCAAAUAGAGUCAAAAUCAAAGGAAAUAGAAGAACUUGUAGCCAAACUUCACAAAGAUGCGUUAGUUGUAGAGCAAGUUCGAACUUUGGUUAAAAAGGAUGAAGAAACUAUGGUUGCGGAAACAAAAAUUGUGGAAGGGUAUGCUAAGCAAGUAACAGAAGAGCUCAAUACUGUAUUACCAUCUUUGGAGAAGGCCCUUAGUGCUCUUGAUGCACUUGACAAAAAUCACAUUGCAGAAGUUAGAGUAUAUACUCAUCCUCCUCUACUUGUUUUAACUGUUAUGAAUGCAGUCUGUAUUCUUCUUCAAAAGAAACCAAACUGGGCAACAGCAAAAUUACUACUUUCAGAUCCAGGAUUCCUUAAAACAUUGAUUACAAUUGACAAAGAUAAUUUACCAGAAAAGGUUUUUCUGCAGUUAAAAAAAUAUGUGAGGUCGCCUGAUUUCAAUCCAGUGAAAGUGGGACUUGUGUCUGUUGCAUGUUGCUCCAUAUGCCAGUGGAUUUUAGCUCUGGAUCACUAUCACAUUGUUAAAAGGUUUGUAGAUCCAAAACAAGCAAAGGUAGCAGAAGCAGAGGAAUUACUGAAUCGCGCACUUAGUAAAUUAGCUGAAAAGCAAAGAAGUUUAGCCCUGAUUGAACAACAUCAACAAAAUUUAGAAGCAUUGUAUGAUGAAAGUAUUGCUGAACAGGAAAAACUUGCAGCCCGAAAACUUCAAACAACUCGCCGUUUACACAGUGCAUCUAUAUUAAGCAUAGCUCUAAAGGAUGAAAUGGAACGCUGGGAAGAAUCUGUUAAUAACCUUGACCAAAGAUUGCAAGGAAUUGUAGGUGAUGUCCUUAUAUCAGCAGCUUGUAUUGUCUACAGUGGAAUCUUAUCAGUGGGAUAUCGUCAACAGCUAGUCAAUGACAGUUUGAAACUCUGCAAUGAAAAUAAUAUUUUGGUCUCUCCAAAUUAUUCAUUGGUUAACUGCAUGACCGAAAAGAACGAGGUCCGCAGAUGGCAAAAUGCAGGUUUGCCACAUGAUCAAUACUCCACAGAAAAUGCAAUACUUGUUAAACAUGGACAACGGUGGCCUUUACUAAUUGAUCCAGAAAGGCAAGCUUACAAAUGGAUAUUUCAAAUGGAAGGCAGCAAACUGCGACAAAUCAGUGCUACAGAUGCCAAUUAUUUAAAAACAAUUGAAUAUUCUUUGCAGUUUGGUGAAUCAGUCCUUUUGCAGGAUUUUCCUGAAACGUUGGAUUCAAAUAUAAAAUCAAUCUUAAGCAAAGAGAUCUACAAAAAAGGAGGGCAAGAAUUCAUUAGAAUAGGAGAUUCUGAAAUUCAGUACAAUUCAGACUUUCGAUUAUACCUGACAACACAGAAAUUCAAUCCUCAUUUUCUGCCAGCAACAUGCAAUAUUGUUACAAUAAUAAACUUCACGUUAACAUUCCAUGGUUUGCAAAAUCAGCUGUUAUCUGCGGUUGUAAAUAAGAAAAAACCUGAACUUGAAAAACAGUACUGCAAGUUGAUGGAAAGCAUAUCAAUUGAUCUGGUAGCAUUACGUGAAUAUGAACAAAGAUCACUUCAACUUUUGCAAAAAACAAGUGGGCACCUUUUAGAUGACCAAGACCUCAUUGAAAAUUUGCAGCGAACAAAAAUUACCUCAUCAGAGAUUUUUCAGCGUGUAGCAGAUUCAGCAGCGACAGAAGUCACCAUAGAAGGAAUGCGUCAAGCCUAUAUUCCUAUAGCAACUCGUGGUGCUGUGCUCUACUUCGUAAUAUCAGAUCUUGUACACAUCAACCAUGUCUAUCAAUUUUCACUGAAUUGGUUUCAUAAGAUCUUUGUAGACUCUAUAGAUAAUGUGAAGAAAAGUGACAUUUCUCUCAGUGAUUCUCUUUCAAGUACAAAAAUAAGUGAAUAUAAGGUACAAAGUGAAGAAACAUCAACGGAAAGUGAGACUGAGAUAGAUCACUUCAAAAUAGAUAUUAAUGAGAUAAUUGAGACACUAACAUAUCAUGUCUAUGAGACAGUUUCUUCAGCUUUGUUCAAUAAAAAUAAGCUAUGCUUUGCUUUCCUACUGUGCACAGCAAUCAUGAAAAAUAAUUGUGAUGAAAAUUUAUUCAUAAAUAACCUUGGAUUUAUAUCAGAGAAUGAGUGGAAUUUCUUCCUGUACUCUAGCAUGAUAGCAAAUAUUAAGCAACCAUCAAUCUCUGACCUUACUGGUUCAUGUGUAUUUAACAAAACUGCUCCAUUCCACUGGAUAAGUGAAAUGAUGUGGAAAGAAUGUCAGUACAUGAGUACUCAAAUACCAGCAUUCAGCCUAUUGUGCAGUUCUCUGUCAACAUAUCCUCAACAGUGGAAAGAUUUUCUAGAUAGUGAGAACGUGUAUAAUUUGAUUAGUACAUGUUAUACACCAUUAUCACCAAAGCAAGACUCAGAAUCACAGCUAGCAAGAGAAAGUGAAGAUGAUGAGGAGAGUAUACCUAUAAUUUUUCCUUGGGAGAAGCUUUCUCCAUUUGAAAGACUUAUCCUGAUAAAAGUUCUACGUGCAGAAAUGUUGAACCAUGCAGUACAAAUAUUUGUAACUGAAAAAUUAGGAACUAGGUAUCUUCAGACUGGAGGAAUUAAUUUAAAAGGAAUGUAUGAAGAAUCUGAUUCUACAACUCCACUAAUUCUCAUCCAUACUCAUGGGAUAGACAUUACAGCAGUUGUCUUACGCUUUGCUCAAGAAAUAAAAAAAAGUACACAAAAUGUGCAAAUGCUAUCUCUGGGACGUGGCCAAGGCAGCAAAGCAGAGGAAUUGAUAUAUAAGGCACAAAUACUAGAUGAACAGUGGGCAUUCCUUCAGAAUUGCCAUCUUGCAACUUCAUUUAUGCCGAGAUUGUGCAAAAUUGUUGAUUCCUUUAUCCUACCUGAUGCAAAUAUAAACCCAGGAUUUAGAUUAUGGUUAAGUUCAACACCAGAUACUUCUUUACCCAUACCUAUCUUGAGAAGAGGGCUAAAGAUAGUAAUAGAAACUCCGCAAGGACUAAAAGGAACAUUACUUCAAACUUUUGGAUUUGGUGACACUGGUGUAGUAACAGAAGCUACAUUUAAUAAGACCAACUGUGGGCCAUCAUGGAAAAGAUUGUUGUUUAGCCUAUGUUUCUUUAAUGCUGUCAUUCAUGAAAGAAAGAAAUACGGAGUUUUGGGCUGGAACAUUCCAUAUGCAUUUAAUUCUUCAGAUUUAGAGUUUUCUAUCAAAAUAUUGGAAGUGCUCCUUGAGAAGCAUCAAAAGAUUCCUUGGACAGCAUUGCAUUAUUUGACUGGAGAAGUAACAUAUGGAGGCCAUGUAACUGAUAACUGGGAUCGUCGAUGCUUGCUUUGCAUUUUAGAUAAUUUUUAUAAUCCUUCUGUAUUGGAAGAAGAUUUUGUUUAUACUGCUGAUGAGGUGUAUCAACCAAUAUCUGAAUUAGAUAGUUUAAAAGACUGCAGAGCCUAUCUACAAUCUCUUCCAGAAGUGGAUUAUCCGGAACUUUUUGGAAUGCAUCAUUGUGCUGAAAGACAAUACUUAAAAGCUCAGGCAGAAUUAUUUAUUAAUUCAGUUGUCAGUACCCAACCAACAUAUAGCACAGACAUUAUCAGUGAUAGAAUGGGCCAGGAUGAAAUAGUACUGGAAAUAGCAUCCGAUAUUCUAAUAAGGCUACCAUUGACUGUAGAGAAUAUGGAAAGGGCAUCUAACAACGAAUAUGUGUCUACAGAAAUUAUAACCCUUAGAAGUUUCAUGUCUGGACCAAUUUGGGCUGCACUUGCGAAAGCUACAGAAGAUUUUUAUUCUAUUACCAGUUCACCUUUGCUACCUGUUUUGCGCCAGGAGAUUGACCAUUGUAAUAAUUUACUAUACUUAAUAAUUCAGUCAUUACAAGAACUUCAGCAAGGAAUCAAAGGAAAAAUUAUCUUCACUAAAAGAUUAGAAGAACUUUAUAAUUCAAUAUUGAAAGGCAGAGUAGCUGAUUUGUGGGAGCAAAGUUCUUUUAAGACAAAUAAACCUUUAGGAUCCUGGAUUGAUGAUCUCAUUAUACAAGUGAAUUUCUUUGCCAUGUGGGCUGAUCGAAUUAUCACCUUUAUGCAAGCAAGGUUUAAUGAUUUACUGGUGCUUCAGAGACAAAGCAAAAUACCACUUCAUCCUGGUGAAUAUCCUGACUUUCAUGCCAGUUAUCAAGGACAUCCUAGCUAUUUUUGGCUUCCAGGUUUCUUUUUUCCACAUGGAUUUCUUAUUGCUGUGUGUCAGAAUUAUGCUCGGUUGAAUAAAGUAACAGUGGAUUCGCUUAGUUUUACACAUAAAGUUCUUCCAUUAACUCAAGAUGAAGAGUUAAGUUUCAAUAGAAAAGAAAAUAUAUUAAACAAAGCCUUUAAGGAAGAUUCUCAAUAUGAAACUGGAGUUAAAAUUUAUGGCUUAUACAUAGAUGGUGCAUGCUGGAAUCUCAGUACACAGGCAUUGGAUGAACCUGAACUUCAUAGAAGAUUUUAUCCAUUACCAGACAUCCAAUUUUUACCACAAAGUAUAACCUUUUGGCCAAGUCACUGUGAUGAAGAAGGCCGGCUCUUAUAUGAAUGUCCUUUAUACAAGACAUCUCAAAGAACAGGAAUGCUGUCUUCUACGGGUGCAUCUAUAAAUUUUGUAACUGCAGUUAAUCUGCCAAGUCUGGUAACUCCUAGCCACUGGAUAAUGAGAGGAGUUGCACUGUUAUGCCAACUGGAUGAUUAAGAAAAAAUAUUAUUGUCCCUUAUUUGAAAUGAAUACUUCACUGUUUCAGUCUAGGAUCAGAUACAACCUAGU